AUGGAGAGCUGUUUGGUGGCCGCGGCGCUGAACGGGGUGGACCGACGUUCCCUGCAGCGUUCGGCUAGGCUGGGUCAGGAAGUGCUGGAGCGGGCCAAGAGGAGGGCGGUGGACUGGCCUUCGGUGGAGCUUCCCAAAGGCAGCGUGGGGAUCGUUUCCCGGGUGCGGUACUACGGAGAAAGAGGGCCGGCAGCCAGCCCCCAGCGCCUUCUCCCAGGAAAGAGAGAAGACAGACACCCGUCCCUCAGUGCUUCCUUCAGAACAAUGGCUGAAUACAUGAACUAUACUUCAAGUCAGUGUGGGAAAUAUUACUCAUCUGCACCAGAGGAAGGAGGGGCACCCCACGUCUACCGCUAUCACAGAGGGACGUCGGAGCUACACCUGUGCUCUGAUGCAGGGCGUGGUCAGAGAAAAGACGCAGGCCUUAGUGUUGGAGGCAUGCAUCAGGUGUCAGAGUGUGUGCUGAAGGCAUCCCAGUCUGCUGAGAACAUCUCUAAGGACCUCUACAUAGAGGUAUAUCCAGGGACCUAUUCCGUCACUGUGGGUGCAGAUGACUUGACCAAAAAGACUCACGUGGUAGCAGUUGAUUCUGGACAAAGUGUGGACUUGGUCUUCCCCAUAUGA